CUCCACUUUUAUUUUCAAAAUAUACACUGAAACACAUGAAAUUCAUUGACUAUUGUAACGUUUAAAUAUAGUACUACAAUAAGAAAACUUUCAGAAAUGAUGAUACACAUAUCCAUUCUCUUCUCCACAGCUUUAUGCCUUUUUGUUUUAUUUUGACAUGAGAAUUUGAACCUUCUUUCCCUCUUCACUUCUUUUUUCUAGAAUAAAAAAGUGGCAUCUCUCUACCAAAUCAGCAGCCUACUAUUGAUAAUUUGAAACCUUAUUAACAUGCAUUAAUAUUCCACCAUUCUCAACUUACCCUCAAAUCUUAACCAUUCAUCUCUCUCUCUCUAAAUCACACCAUCUUUCUCUCUCUUCAAAAUCUCCCAUGCCUCCCGUCGAUCUCGAGAAUCUGGUCUCCGCCUGCGCCGGCGGCGUCUGCAGCGACAGCAAAGUCACAUGCGAGACGCUCGCGGGCGACAGCGACGAUGACGGCGUUGUUGUCGCCGAUCCCGACCUUCCGCCGGAGUCCUUCUGGCUGUCGAAGGACGCGGAGUACGAUUGGUUCGAACACCACACCUUCUUCGAGCGGAAGGAUUCCGGCGGCAAAGGCGGCUCGGGUCUGACUGCAGACGUGCAGUCGAACUCGAGCUUGCAGCGAUUCUCCUUCAGCAGGAAGUCGAAAGCCGCGAUCCUUGGAUUGCCGAAGACGCAGAAGGCGACCUUCGUCGAUCCGAAGCGCCGGCGGUGCAAUAAACAGGCGACCGUGCGGCUUUUCCCGAAACGAACCGAACCGGCCGGGAAAUCGGCGGUUCCGGUCGAACCGGGUUCGCCCAAGGUUUCUUGUAUCGGGAGGGUCCGGUCCAAGCGCGGCCGGCGCCGGUCCGGUUCGGUGAGGAGGAGGGAGAAGGCGGCGGAGAAAUUGAGGAGUGGCGGCGGGGAGAAGGGGGAGAAGAAGCAGAAGGCCGGGUUUUAUUCAAAGAUGAUGGGGAUGUUCCGGUCGAAGAGGAGCCGGAGUAAGAAGGCGCCGCGGUCAGGGUGUAGGAGGGCGGCGGAUGAGACGAAGGCUGGGGCGGAGCUGCAGCGGUGGAGCGCGAGUUCGAGAGUGCGGGAGGUGGCGGGUGGGGGCGAGGCGCCCGGUUUGGGUGGGUUGAACCGGUUUGCUUCGGGGCGGCGGUCGGCUUCUUCGUGGGCGGGUGAGGAUUUGAGUGAGACGGUUUCCGGUUCGGACUGGCACGUGGGAGUUGUGAGUUGGAGCUAACGCGUGCAUUGAAUGUUUUUUUGUGUUUUUAAUUAUAUAGAGUGGGAUAUUUAGAGAAAAAAAAAACAAAAUGGAUAAUGAAAUGGGGAAAUGAGUGUUAAUUUGCAUAUCAAAUUCAUGUAAAUAAUGAAGUACACUUUCUUGUUUUUUUGGUGAGAAUUAGAACAAGUAAGUCGUUUGAUUA